CCCAAGUAAAAGCGCCACAAUGGUUAAGAAGAGAGUACGCGACCCCGAGGUGCUGGAGGAUGCGCCUCCAGCGCAGGAUGAGGGUAGUGACAGUGACACCAGCAUGGACGUGGUGGAUGUCGAGUUCGAAUGGUUCAAUUUCAAGCCCGACAUCGACUUCCACGGGCUCAAGAGCCUCUUGCGGCAACUGCUCGACGUGGACCAUCAGCUCUUCGACCUCUCGGCGCUGGCCGAUCUCAUCCUCUCGCAGCCGACGGUCGGGUCGACGGUCAAGGUGGACGGGGAAGAGACGGACGCGUAUGCCUUCCUGACGAUCCUGAACAUGCACGAGCACCGCGACAAGAAGGUCAUGCAGGACCUGACGCAGUAUGUGGUGGAGAAGGCGAAGACCAACCCGGCGCUCGCGGCGCUGGGCAGCGUGCUCGCGAACCCCGCGGCCCAGGUGGGCCUGCUCCUUACGGAACGCCUGAUCAACUGCCCGUCGGAGAUCUCGCCGCCCAUGUAUAGCAUGCUGAUUGACGAGCUGGAGGCCGCUGUUGAGGAUAAGGAACCGUACGAGUUCACGCACUACUUGAUCAUCUCGAAGACGUAUCAUGAGAUAGCGUCGACGCUGGAUCAGGAGGAUGCGCCCAAGCAGAAGAAGAAUAAGGCGAUUAAGGGUGCGAAGGAAACCUUCUUUUUCCACCCAGAGGAUGAGGUGUUGCAGCGGCAUGCGCUGGCGGCGGGAUCGUACGAAUAUACGAAGGAUAUGGGCGAUGGGAUGGCGGAUAGCAAGAGAGCGUUCCAGGAGAUGGGGAUCAAGCCACAAGGAUCUAUGAUCUUGAUAGAAGCGAGCAAGUUUGAGGGUGCAGUUAAAGCCAUUAGUGAUUAUCUAAAUCCCCAGCAAUAA